UCGGACGCCGCUGCGGUGCUGCAGGUGGAAACAUGGCGAUGAAGGCGCUCAGAGGGAUGGUGAACGGGGCCAUGAGCGAGCUGUCCUCGGCCGUCAGCGGGAGCAGAGCUCCGGCCGCCGCCCCGGCCUCCACCGCCGCCUCCCGGGAGCAUGUGAUGGCCGUGAAGAGGGACUAUAUCUCCCAGCCCCGCCUCACCUAUAAAACGGUGUCUGGAGUCAAUGGUCCGCUGGUGAUUUUGGAUCAGGUGAAGUUUCCAAGGUACGCAGAGAUCGUCCAUCUCACGCUGCCUGAUGGUACCAAGAGGAGUGGGCAGGUUCUGGAGGUCACUGGCUCCAAAGCUGUGGUUCAGGUGUUUGAAGGAACGUCAGGUAUCGAUGCCAAGAAGACGAGCUGUGAGUUUACAGGAGACAUCUUACGGACGCCUGUCUCUGAGGACAUGUUGGGUCGUGUGUUUAAUGGAUCUGGUAAACCCAUCGACAGGGGACCAGCAGUCCUGGCUGAAGACUUCUUGGACAUAAUGGGGCAGCCUAUAAACCCUCAGUGUCGUAUCUACCCCGAGGAGAUGAUCCAGACCGGAAUAUCUGCCAUCGAUGGCAUGAACAGCAUCGCCAGAGGACAGAAAAUACCCAUCUUCUCUGCUGCAGGGCUUCCACACAAUGAGCUGGGACUGUGUGAGAAAAAAAGAAAUGAUGUUAAUGAAGUUAAGUUAGUUACUGAUUUGCAGUUUCUCUUCUUUCACCAGGUGAACAUGGAGACAGCCAGGUUCUUUAAGUCCGACUUUGAGGAGAACGGUUCCAUGGACAACGUCUGUUUGUUCCUCAACCUCGCCAAUGACCCCACCAUCGAGCGAAUCAUCACGCCUCGUUUAGCUCUGACAUCAGCAGAGUAUCUGGCCUAUCAGUGUGAGAAACACGUCCUCGUCAUCCUCACUGAUAUGAGCUCCUAUGCAGAGGCUCUCCGAGAGGUGUCUGCAGCCAGGGAGGAGGUGCCGGGCCGGCGGGGUUUCCCCGGUUACAUGUACACGGAUUUGGCCACCAUCUACGAGAGAGCUGGCAGAGUAGAAGGACGUAACGGCUCCAUCACCCAGAUCCCCAUCCUCACCAUGCCCAAUGACGAUAUCACUCAUCCUAUUCCUGACCUGACUGGGUACAUCACUGAGGGACAAAUCUACGUGGACAGACAACUUCACAACAGACAGAUCUAUCCUCCCAUCAACGUGCUGCCGUCUCUCUCCCGUCUGAUGAAAUCUGCCAUCGGCGAGGGAAUGACCCGCAGGGACCACUCUGAUGUUUCCAACCAGCUUUAUGCGUGUUAUGCCAUAGG